GUCUUCCAGCUCUCUCUGUUCAAGAUGGACUCCAGGGGCGGAUUUGUGGUGGGGUUGGAGGAGGGCAGAGAGGUGGGAGAGAUGAAGUUUUGUAGGAUUUGCAGUGAUGAGGUUGGGUUGAAUGAUAACGGCGAGGUUUUCGUGGCUUGCGGCGACUGCGGCUUUCCGGUUUGCCGGCCGUGCUACGAGUACGAGCGCCGGGAGGGGAGCCAGAGUUGCCCGCACUGCAACACGCGAUACAAGCGCCAGAAAGGCAGCCUGAGAGUUGAAGGAGAUGAAGAUGAUGAGGUUGGCCAGGCUGAGUCUCUCGAAGAAGUCCAACUUAAUAGCAGACAGCAGGCACAGGAUCAUCACAAAUUUGAUGAGCAAUCGUUAAAGAGCGAGCAAGCUCACCAAUGGAGGCCCAACGGCGCAGCUUAUUCUUCCUUCGGCAGCGUGGCCGGUAAGGACUUAGAAGGCGAGAGGGAGAUGGAAAGCAAGAUGGAGUGGACAGAAAGGUUGGAGAAAUGGAAGGCGAUGCAGGAGAAACGAGGCCUCACAGACAAAGACGAAGAUGAUAAUAAUGAUCACGACAUUGAGGAAGACUACAUGCUCACGGCUGAGGCCCGACAACCCCUGUGGCGCAAAGUACCGAUCCCGUCAAGCCGAAUAAACCCAUACCGCAUCGUCAUCAUCCUCCGCCUCCUCAUCCUCGCCUUCUUCCUCCGCUUCCGCAUCACCACUCCCGCCACCGACGCCUUCCCUCUCUGGCUCACCUCCGUCGUCUGCGAGAUCUGGUUCGCCUUCUCUUGGAUCCUCGACCAAUUCCCCAAAUGGUUUCCCGUCACCCGCGAGACCCAUCUCGACCGCCUCUCCGCCCGCUUCGAAUCCCGCCUCUCCCCCGUCGACCUCUUCGUCAGCACCGUCGAUCCGCUCAAGGAGCCGCCCAUCAUCACCGCCAACACCGUGCUCUCGAUCCUCUCCGUCGAUUACCCCGUCGAUAAAGUCAGCUGCUACGUGUCGGACGACGGGUCGUCGAUGCUGCUGUUCGACGCGCUGGCGGAGACGGCGGAGUUUGCGCGGCGGUGGGUUCCGUUUUGUAAGAAGCAUGCGGUGGAGCCGAGGGCGCCGGAGUUCUAUUUCUCGGAGAAGAUUGACUACCUUAAGGAUAAGGUUCAGCCGAGCUUUGUGAAGGAGAGGAGAGCCAUGAAGAGGGAAUAUGAGGAGUUUAAGGUGAGGAUGAACGCAUUGGUGGCGAAGUCGCAGAAGAAGCCGGAGGAGGGAUGGGUGAUGCAGGAUGGCACGCCCUGGCCUGGGAAUAAUACGCGCGAUCAUCCCGGCAUGAUUCAGGUAUACCUGGGAAGCCAGGGUGCUCUAGACGUAGAAGGCAAGGAGUUGCCCAAGCUCAUUUAUGUUUCUCGUGAGAAGAGGCCCGGCUACCAACAUCACAAGAAAGCAGGAGCCAUGAACGCACUGGUUCGUUGCUCGGCUGUGCUGACCAACGCUCCCUUCAUACUUAAUCUUGACUGCGAUCACUAUAUAAACAACAGCAAAGCCGUUAGAGAAGCUAUGUGCUUUCUGAUGGAUCCUCAGCUUGGAAAGAAGCUCUGCUACGUUCAGUUUCCUCAGAGAUUUGACGGCAUUGAUUACAGCGAUCGUUAUGCGAAUCGAAACGUCGUCUUCUUCGAUGUAAGUGAGAGGAAACAGGAAAAGAAAAAAAAGAGAAUUUUUCUCAAACUCAAAAUAUUUACAUAUAUAACACUCAAUGACUAUGCAUUUACAUAUCUACCAUCUAAAUUUCAAUUUUUAUAUAUUUACCACUAAUAAUCUAGCCAAUGCUGCUUUGCAUGAAAAAAAAGAAGUAAGAAGAAGAAGGGAUUCAUGGCCGCUGAAGGCACGCCAAGGAGCAGGAAGGGAUACAUGAAGCGAGGUUUCGAGCUGGAGGAGAUAGAGGAAGGAUUUGAAGGGUAUGAUGAGUUGGAGAAAUCGUCGCUCAUGUCUCAAAAGAGCUUCGAGAAGCGGUUCGGUCAGUCGCCGGUGUUCAUUGCCUCGACGUUGAUGGAGGACGGCGGUUUGCCGGCAGGGACGAAUCAGAGCGUGCUCAUUAAGGAAGCCAUUCAUGUUAUCAGCUGCAGCUAUGAAGAGAAAACUGAGUGGGGCAAAGAGGUAAUUAUUAAGAUCUUUAGAAUAUAGCGUUUAGCUCGUUUAAAUUUCGAGCUCAAAAAAUAUGUAUGGAAAUCGGUCUACGGCCCGCCGACCCGGCCGGCUUUCAAGGGAUCGGCUCCGAUCAAUCUCUCCGACCGCCUCCACCAAGUUCUCCGGUGGGCGCUCGGCUCGGUGGAGAUCUUCCUCAGCCGGCAUUGCCCGCUGUGGUACGGCUAUGGAGGCAAUCUCAAGUGGCUGGAGAGAUUCGCAUAUACGAACACGAUCGUCUACCCUUUCACUUCCAUCCCGCUGCUCGCUUACUGCACCAUCCCCGCCGUCUGUUUGCUCACCGGAAAGUUCAUCAUCCCCACGCUAAACAACUUGGCGAGCAUCUGGUUCAUCGCUCUGUUCCUCUCCAUCAUCGCCACCGGCAUCCUCGAGCUCCGGUGGAGCGGCGUCAGCAUCCAGGACUGGUGGCGCAACGAGCAAUUCUGGGUCAUCGGCGGCGUCUCCGCCCACCUCUUCGCCGUCUUCCAAGGCCUCCUCAAGGUCCUCGCGGGCAUCGAAACCAACUUCACCGUCACCUCCAAAUCCUCCGACGACUCCGAUUUCGGCGAACUCUACCUCUUCAAGUGGACCACUCUCCUCAUCCCCCCCACCACUCUCCUCAUCAUCAACAUGGUCGGCCUCGUCGCCGGAGUUUCCGACGCCAUCAACAACGGCUACGGCUCUUGGGGUCCCUUGUUCGGGAAGUUGUUCUUCGCCUUUUGGGUCAUUCUGCAUCUCUAUCCUUUCCUGAAGGGAUUGAUGGGGAGGCAGAACAGGACGCCGACGAUUGUCGUGCUGUGGUCGGUGCUGCUGGCCUCCAUUUUUUCUCUGGUUUGGGUUAGGAUUGAUCCUUUCUUGCCGAAGCAGAAGGGCCCUAUUUUGAAGCAGUGUGGGGUUGAGUGUUGAUUCAAGUUCAUGAUUAUUGUAGAUGUGGUGUGUAGAUAUAUAAGUAUAGGAUUUAU